UUUUCCCAUCAUUUCUGAUCCAACUCGAGUGCUCGAAGGUUGUAUUUGUGUUUUAUUUCUAAGAAGCUUAAAAAUGUCUGGACGUGGAAAGGGCGGAAAAGUGAAAGGAAAAACAAAGUCCCGCUCGAAUAGAGCUGGAUUACAAUUUCCAGUUGGUCGUAUUCAUCGAUUGUUACGAAAAGGUAAUUACGCUGAACGCGUCGGUGCUGGAGCACCAGUUUACUUGGCUGCCGUAAUGGAGUAUCUUGCUGCUGAAGUUUUGGAAUUGGCUGGUAAUGCCGCUCGUGAUAAUAAAAAAACCAGAAUUAUUCCAAGACAUUUGCAAUUGGCAAUUCGUAAUGACGAAGAAUUGAAUAAAUUGUUAUCUGGUGUGACGAUCGCUCAAGGAGGAGUUUUACCAAAUAUCCAAGCUGUUUUAUUGCCCAAAAAGACAGAGAAGAAAGCAUAAUUAAUAAUUGCCGAAUGAGAACGAUCAUUUUCAAGGAUACAAUAAUUAAUGUUUCAUGCCUCACAAAUAUUUCUAAAUACAUGUACGAAUAAAAUGUUUUGAUUGA